GCUGCGGGCAGCCGGGGCUCACCCGCCCGCCGCCUCGCCCGCCCGUCCCGCCGGGGCUGCCCGCGGAGGGGCCGCACCCCGGGCCGCCCCCGCACCCCGGGACCUUGGCUUUGCCCUUCGCUCGGCAGGUGGCGGGGCCAGCGGAGAAGGAUGCGUGUCUUCCCGUGGGGAUUUUGGCUGCUGUGUGUCGCCUCCGCCCCGGCUCGCGGUGACAGCGGCAGCAAGGCGAGGAGCUGCGCCGAGGUCCGGCAGCUGUAUGGGGCCAAGGGCUUCAGCCUCAGCGGCGUGCCCCAGGCCGAGAUCUCCGGGGAGCACCUGCGAAUCUGCCCACAAGGCUACACCUGCUGCACCAGCGAGAUGGAGGAGAAUUUUGCAAACAAAAGCCGAAGUGAAUUUGAAGCCAUGAUGAAAGAGGCUGGUCGCUCUGUGCAGGCCAUCCUAACAGCACAGCACAGAAGCUUUGACAGUUAUUUCCAGGAUUUGUUGAACAAGUCAGAGAAGGCCCUUUACGAUGCCUUUCCAAGCAUGUAUGGAGAAUUGUACACUCAGAACGUGAAGGUGUUCAAGGACUUGUACAGCGAGCUGCGCCGCUACUACCGCAGCUCCAACAUCAACCUGGAGGAGGCCCUCAAUGAGUUCUGGACACGGCUGCUGGAGAGGCUCUUCAAGCUGCUGAACCCCCAGUACCACAUCACGGACGAGUACCUGGACUGCAUGGUCAAACACGCCGAGCAGCACAAGCCCUUCGGGGAGGUGCCCAGGGACCUGAAGCUGAAGGCCACGCGAGCCUUCAUCGCGGCGCGCUCCUACGCACAGGGCUUCCUGGUGGGCAGCGACGUGGUCAGGAAGGUGUCCCAGGUGUCCCUCAGCCAGGAGUGCACCCGUGCCAUCAUGAAGCUGCUGUACUGCCCGCACUGCCGGGGCAUGGCCAGCGUGAAGCCGUGCAACAACUACUGCCUGAACGUCGUCAAGGGCUGCCUGGCCAACCAGGCCGACCUCAGCACUGAGUGGAAGUACCUGAUGGACUCCCUGAUCGGGGUGGCCGAUCGGAUCGAUGGGCCCUACAACGUGGACACGGUGAUCGGCACCAUCCACGUGAGGAUCUCUGAAGCCAUCUCCAACCUGCAGGAAAACAGAGACUCCAUCACCAGCAAGGUAUUCCAAGGCUGUGGAAAUCCCAAAAUCAGCACAAAAGGCUCGAGUAGUGAGGACAAGAGGAGACGGGGGAAGGUGACAUUGGAAGCCAAAUCCUCUGCCCAGGCCCUGGAGAUGCUGGUUUUAGAUGCCAAAGGGAAUCUGACAGCUCUCAAGACAUACUGGAUCACCUUGCCCAGCAGCCUGUGCAGCAAAAAAGUAAUGGCCAGCUCAGCAUCAGAUGACAAAUGUUGGAACGGGAUGACCAAGGGCAGUUACCUGCCUGAGGUGAUGGGGGAUGGCUUGGCUAACCAGAUUAACAACCCUGAGGUGGAGGUGGACAUCACCAAGCCAGACAUGACCAUCCGCCAGCAAAUCAUGCAGCUGAAGAUCAUGACAAACCGCCUGGGCAACGCCAACAUCGGCAACGAUGUGGAUUUCCAAGACACGAGUGACGACAUGAGUGGCUCCGGGAGCGGGGACAGCUGUCCUGAUGAUGUCUGUGGCAAAAGACUUUCUAAGAGCCCCAGCACCAGGCAGCCAGAAACACACGCUAUUCCCAAGCAGUCUGGACACGGCAUCAGUGGGGCCAGCAGCAGAUCUUUGCCUUCUGCCUCCCUCCUCCUCCUCCUCUCGGUGGCUGUCAUCGCCGCGCAGCACUUGUGGCGGUAACUCACUGGCACAGCCAGGAAACAGACUGAGGGCUUCACUUCGCCAAAACCAACCAACCAACCAACCAACCAAAGGACAUAUUUAAUUCACCUUGGCAAAAAAAAAAAAAAGGAAAAAAAAACAAAAAAGGAGGAGAAAAAGGUUUUCAGAAGGUUUCAGUUGUUUGCUAUUCUGGCAGUGCUCGAGCUGUUUUCUUCUUUCUAGGUCUUUCCCCAAUGCUGGGCCCUUCUUUCCAUACCUCAUUGUUUUACUUUUGUUAUUGCCACAGACUGGCUCCUGGGCUGAAAGGAGCCUUUGCAGAGGGCUGCAGGGGACCUCGGCCGAGCCCUCGGGGGCAGCUGUGCUGCUGCUCCAGUGGAAUAUGCAAUUGCCCUGCCCCUGUUGCCACGCCGCGGGGAGAGCGGGAUCCUCGGCACGGCUCCCGGGCGCUUCAGGGGCUCUUGGGGUGCCUCCUCUGUGCUUCCUAGCUGGGCAGAGAUGGCCCUUCACUUCCAGUGCUGCACGUAGGAGCGUGAGCAGGUUUGGUGGGUUGAACUGAAAGAGUUUGGCAGUGGCUGUUGGACCCAAAAAUGCAGAACUCGCUUUUUCUUUGGAAAGGUCACAAGUGGGUUUCUUGACUAGAGCUCGUAGCUGAUGACAAUUUGAAAUGUAGGUUUCCUACAUCUACGUGACUGGGAAUGAGUGUUAGGGGUUGGGGUUUGGGGUACUUUUUCUUUGCAUGCUAGUUGGAAAGCCAUUUUUUACCCAAGUAACAAUGGUCCAAUUUCUACCUGCAGUGCAGUACCAUUGUAGGUAACAGAGAGAUGCAAAUGUACACAGUGGGAUUCUCUGUGUGACAGACAGUUGUGCUGCCUCCUCCUUCUCUGGCCCCAGACACAGACAGGAAUCUGUUUUUCCUUGGUAAUGAGACCAGGGACAUUUUACUAACUGGAGCUUUGGGACUGGUUGUGCCCCUUCAAGCAGCUGCCUCAGGGCAGAGAGGGGCUGGUGGGGAUCACCAUGGGCCCUGCCCAGAGCACUGGCUCAAGGCAGCACCCACCAGGGGGAAUGUGAGAAUGGGAAACAUUUUGUUUGGGAUUUCUUUUUACCUUUGGUGUUUGUUUCAGUUGUACUGUAGGUUUUUAAUGGAUUCCCACUUUCCCUGUUCUUUCCCCAUAAUGCAAAUCACCUUCCCUAACCCCUGCAGGCACAGGCUGAGGCAGUGGGUCAGACACCACUGGCAGCCCUGUUCUGGCUCAGGGGAGGGCCAGGCCCACCCUUUGGUGCCCUGUCCCACCACAGCUGCCCUAACCCCAGAUUGCUUGGUGGGGUGGGCUCUGUGCCAGGUUUUCAGACUGGGGUGGUGAGGGAAGUUAUAAAUGUCCUGCUGUAGCUGUAGGAGUGUCUGUGCUUGUUAGGGCUGUGUUUCUGGGGCUUCCAGAGGCUUCUGUGCCUGAUGAGCAGCAAGUGGAGCCGUGGGUGCAGCAGAUGCUGGAUACAGCCCAGUCACUGUGACUGCUCGGGCCAGGAGCACACACAGGGUGGGUUUGGGCUGCACAGGUUGGGGUGAGAGGGAGGGCAGAGCUGGGCCUGUCUCUUGCACAGCAUUUGAGCAUUUCUGCUCUGUCUUGCCAGAGGAGAUUUGCCUUUGGGCUGAGCAAACAUUAUGGGGUUGGGGUUUGGCUGUUUUCUAAGAAAGGGGAAAAAAACCUCAUUUUUAACAUGCAGUUUCUGCAGUGUGCAAUUUAAGGAAAGGUGAGGACAUGAGCAAGGUAAUACUGAGUUCACUUCCUGCCCUCCCUGGGGCACAGUGGUGGUGCUGAGGGUGCCUUAAACUAGGCAGAGAUUUUAGGCCAGCUUUGACCAGCCUCUCCAAGUCACAGUGAUUAAUGUCACUGACUGUGCAUCCUUUCUGCCUUGGCCUCACCUCCUUGAAAGGCAAAAUCAUACCUGGUCUGGUCGGGUGUCAGAAAUGAACACUGGGGUGCUGGACAAUGGCUGAAGGACAGACAGUGGCCACUACACCCAUCAGAACCCUGGAGAGGAUAAAUGUAAGCAGUGGUUUUGUCUAGAUUUAUUUACUUCACAUGAUUUUUACUGCUCUAAAGAGUUCCUAUCUUUUCGUUUUAACUCUUUUAAACAGAAUUGCAAAUACAAAUUUAACCUUCUGUUACAACAAUCCCCACAACCAAUCCUGCAGAAGCUUUACAUCCAAAGCAAAAAAAAAAAAAAAAAAAAAAGCUGGGGAGGAGGAAGAAUUAAAACAUUGUACCCUCAUCAAAACACAGUUGGGUUGGGGUUUUAACACAUGGAUGCUGAGGUCAGUGUUUUGCUUUGCAGAAUGGGAGCUUGAAAGUCACUUUGCAUUUCUGUGCAAUUAGUUUUUGCUGUCUGCCUGUUAUCCUCAAAACCUUCUUAUGGGCCCUUUUAAAUCUUAAAUGUGAAGGCAGGAAUUUACUGAUUAUCCAGUUAGAAUUUAACAAUUUAAUAGCCCAAAUUAGUGGUUCUGUUACAAGAAAGAAAAAAAAAAAAAAAACAAAAACCUGUUAGUUCAAAUCAAUAAGACAAAACCUCAAAGAAACAGUAAAAUCUGUUAUGCAGGGGAAACCCUUCCUGAAGCCUUCAGCUCCGGGCUGGUGUGGAGCAUCCACUUCCACAUCCCUCAUGACCCUGAGGGGGCAGCUUGCACCUUCCAGAAGCCAGGCCAGGGUGGGAGCAGGAGGGCAGCUGAGGUGAGGGCAGUGCCCAGCCAUGCUCAAUGGUGGUGGUGGCCCUGCGCCUGCUGGGGUUGGUUUUUCCAUCUGUCCAUGGGCAGCCUACACUGCUGCUUUUUGUUGGUCCCUGGUUACUCGGUUUUUCUGUUCUCCCUUGUCCUAAGUUGUUUCUCCAGCUGCUGCCAUGAAGUGGCCUGGGGUUGUGGUUGGCCAUGCCACCUUCCCCAGGAGCUGAAAUGGCUGAAAGCCCCCAGGACAUCGACUCUAAACUAAAGCAAACUCUAAUUACUGCUGACUAAAGAACCACUGGUGUGGCUGAACAAGCUGAAAUCAGCCCAGGUCCAGAGCCUGCGGUCAGGCUGGUGCAGAACCUGGAGCCUUUCAGUGCUUAUAAAUGACAUUUCCUGGGCUGCUGCCUGCUGGAAAACACUGUGACACACCUCCCCAUGUCUGGUGGCUGCUCUGGGCUGCUGCAUGAGGGGAUCUCUGAGGAGCUGGGCUGGCUGGGGAGAAACAUCUGCUUCCGUGUUAUCAAGAUGGUGAUCCAUAGUGUUCUGGUGUGAAAAGGCCUCGUACUUGACAGGGGUGUGGAGGGGGUGAAGGAAAAAAAAUAUUUACAAAGGCCCCGUCCCUGGGAAGGGGAGAACCAUAAAUGGUGGAUUUCCAAGUGUCUCUGUCUUUCAGCCUGCUCUUUGUGCCAUAAAGUGUGUGUUUUAAACAAUGGUGAGGGUCUCAAAAGGCUUUGAGAGCACAGCUACUUCUCAUUUACAAAUGACAAGCUGCCUGUUGUUUUCUGGUGGGCUUGGUAGGGGCUAAGGUAUAGCAGAAUAUCUAAAGUCCACCUUUGCUUUAAACAGAUGCAUUUCUAUCUGCAGGAGUAAGAAUUAUUUCACUUAUCAGCAUAGCUGGACAGUUAUCUAUUUCUUUCUGUUACCAAGGUACUUGUAACUCUCUUGCACUGUUUAUCUAAAGUUGAAAUAUGUUCUUUGAAUCCUUGUAUAAAUAAAAAGGCUGGAGACAAA